AUGACACAUCUCAACACAUGUCUUCUACUGUAAAUCAGUUGGUCAUUGAAGUAGCAGUGGGAAGGCAAGUUCAGUCAGGUGACCAAAUUAGGAAACCUUUGCUCUUGUUUUGCACCAUAAAGUAUCAAGGGAUUAAAAGCAAAGUGGGAGCUCACUCAGACACAGACUAAGGGUUUGGUGUAUGUGCCAGGGCUCGGCUAACAGGAUUUAUUGAUGGCAUGGUUACUGAGGUGGGUCUUACACCUUACUAUUAAUCUAUUGAAUCUAUAACAACAGUCAGUGUAAGCUUUUACUAGUUGUUUUACAUUUGAAAUGAGGAAGAUUUAAAUUCUGUUGAAAUAAAUUGAUAAAAGUUAGUACUUUACUAUGAAGAGCCAUGUGAGACACUUCUUUGGUGGGGGGUUUCCUAUGGUCGCACUUCCUCAAUACGACAUUAUAAAAGUUCCCUUUUUUGUAUUCUGGUUACAACUGCCUGCUUCUCACACAAUGCAACAGGACAUCAGCGUCUGGGUUCGGGACCCGAGGAUCCAGAACACUGACUUCUGGCAUGCCUAUAUAGACUACGAAAUAUGUUUACUUACUAACAGUCUCUGCUUCACCAAGAAGAUCUCGUGUACAAGGAGGCGGUUCAGCGAGUUUGUAUGGCUGAGGCAAAGACUCCAGGUGCAUUCACUGCUCAUUAGCAAGCUCCCACAGAUGCCGCCGAAGAACCUGUUUUUCAGUCUGAACAGCGCCCGGCAGAUUUCUGAGCGAAUGAAGGGGCUUCAGACCUUCCUGGAGCAGAUCCUGGUGAGCCCCUACCUGCUGUCGGACAGCUGUGUUCAUCUGUUCCUGCAGUCCCGCCUCAGCGUGGCCCAGAUGGACGCCUGUGUGGCGGGCCGGACACGCUACUCUGUGGCCCAGGCCAUCGAGCGUGGAGGGCAGAGCCUUCCCCGCUUCCCCUCCACAGAGGACCUGAACCAGGGCUCUUCCUCCUCCUCUUACUCUUAACAUGUAGCAAGAGGCUAGUGUGUAGGCCUAUGUGUAUGUGUCGCACCUGACAUCAUUUGUGCAUUUCUAGAAGAGAUUUUAUGUUAUGUUAUGUUUCACUCCCCUCUUCUGUUAUUUUUGAGUACUUAGAAAAUAGCUAUCUGAAUAAAAAGGUACUAUAAUAUUAUUGUUAUUAUUUUUACUAUUACUAUUAUUACUAAUAGUAGUAGUAGUUUUAUCGGGGUGCUGCAGGACUACGGUAAAGACUGUAGUAGUAAGCUAAUGAUAUGGCUGCUUCUUGGUCUAAUUGUUUGUUAGUUCUAGUGCAGAGGCCUGUUUCAGGUAGCUGGUUUUGAGGCAACCCCGAGUUUGUUCGCUCUGAGUUAGUGGAAACUCUGGGUUUUCCGUUUCAGGUAGCAGGUUCAGCGCAACCGAGAGUUAAGGUGCGGACACACCAAAAGCGUUACCACGCGUAUAAAAUCGGCAAUUUUUCCAUAGGGAAGCAUUGGUUUACGCGCGUACAUGCGUUACAUGCGUAUCAACAUUUUACUCGCGUUAGGGGCGUAUGAGGCGCGAAUAUAUACGCGCGUACGCGAGGAGUUCAAAAAAUUGAACUUUUUACGCUCAUACGCGUGAUACUUAGCCGCAGUAGCCAAUCAGCGUGGAGCUUGUCCCGACGUCACUGGCAGAGAGUAGUGUCGCUUGCACAGAAGCAUACGGCCGACAUUUUUCUUUAUUCUGGGUGGAAAUAGUAACAUAGUUACGCCAUUAAAUGCGUUUAUGGAAACAUUUCUAGCGAGAAAUGUGCAUUUUACUUUCAUAAUGUUCGCUCGGUGAAUGUGAAGGAUGUUUGGUUUGAUAGUUAUGACGAAGAGUGAACGCUCCGUUCACUUGCAUGGACAGAGUCUGAUUGCUAAGCAACCUCAACGUCUUGGCGGACUAUUUCUCUGCUGAUCAACACUACGAAUGCUGGAAACACACCAUGUGAAGUUAUUUAACCCGAUUAUUGUUAUUUAUAUCCGAGAUUAUUUAAUCUAACCCGAUCCAAGCUCUAUCAUCCACCCAAACACGGCGGCGUUUGGGUUUCCUUCCUCGGACUCCUAAAUCCAGCGCAGCCACAGGCUGGGGGGGGGGAGUUUUGGGCGGUCUCAUCUACGCGCGUAUGCGUACGCGCGUAUCUGACCAUUUUUGACACAAAAUGGUCAAGCAACAUUUUAACUGCGUUACGCGCGUACAUGGUACGCGAGGUACGCGCUUGGUGUGUUGGCACCUGCAUGCUUCAGCGUUGGUGUUACGUUGUUGCGCAAAAUUUACUCAAAGCAAUUCAUGCUCCCUUUUAGGUUGCGCGUGUUGCCAAGCAAUUUACCGCCAGAACAGUAGGUGGAGUAAUAUGUGGAGGAAAGUUUUUCGUUGAAGACGACCUCGAGAAUGACGUCUUUGUCUGUGGGAGUCGUUGGUUUGUUUAUGUGCCAGAUCGUGUUCUCCCCAUACACAGUGAAUGAUGGCAACAGACAGAGGAACAGGGGUGAUGAAGUUGUUGAUCAUUGGGGUUGUAUAAAUGUGCAUAUCUCUCUACAUUUUAAAACGACAUAAUGUGUUGGCAGCAAAGUUAACUUCACUUCAGGUUAAUGCUUUUGUAUAUGAGCCUGCCGGGUGAUACUCCAGACAGGAAGUAGUAACCAGACCAGCAAACCAAUCACAGCCUUGCAGGCUGGGCGGCUCGCGUAAAAGCUUACGUAAAAAAUGACGCAAGUCUAGAAAAAUCGCCCGACGCACGCAAGACGUGAGAAGUCGCGCAAGGGGGGCGCAAGGGCGCGCAAGGGCCUCUUGCGCUUGCGCUUACGCUUAAGUAACCGAGCAUAAACCAGCCUUUAGUUGCUGCGGCAACAUACGCCGUGGACCUAACCUGCUCGGGAGGUGGUUAGACCUACUCUGAGUUUGUAGGCUGAAGGCAGCUCUCCGACAGAAGGAAGUGUUAGAAAUGGCAUGUCCUUUUCUACGAGAGCCUGUGGACGUAGAGGCUGCGAUCCUCAGAAGGAAUCUCCGUGAGGAACGAUUAUUAAGACCCCGGUUGGAUAUACUUUCUUUUCCAGAUAAUUUUCUUCACGACCGAGAGCUAUCGUUUUUCAGUGCAAUCUAUCAUUUAUUUAGACCACCUUCUCAGUCCCCAUGUUAACUGUCAAACGCACCGGGGGCAUGCUUUAAGUUGAAGUGGGUUUUUUUUACGCAAUUAACGCAUGUGCAGAAUGAUCCGCCCGUGCAUCCCACCCGCUCUGUACUACAGUCACUUUAACGUUGUGGCUUUUUCCAUGAUCAGAGUAGCUGACUAACCACAGACCUAUAACUGCUGCAAGUCAAGAAACUCAUUUUAAGAAUGCAAGGCAGAAAAGACCCUGGUACUGCUUUUAACCAGAUGCUGUUCUUCUCUACAUGCACAUGCUCAGCAUAAUCGUCUGCAUUGUUCACUGAAGUAAAACCCUUUGAGUAAACUGUUCAACAAAAUAACUUGUCCCACCACAGCCCGUGUUCUAAUAAAGACAAUCUACUUAUUAUGAGGAUUCCUUUAUUUCCUGAAAGCACAAAAAAAAUAAAGUAAUUUAUAUUGGGUAUGUUUUUAGAGCAGGGAACAGUAUCCCAGUUUGCA